CACGACCUGAUCUUGAGAAGCGGUCGUUCGACGGCUAAGCAGCAGCCAGCCCACUUCACCCCACAUACACAAUGCCACCUCCACGGCUGCCGAUCAACCUACUACGCACGCGGCCGCUGCAGUUGCAAUGGAAACACUCCCGCAGGGCGGCUCUAGCCGUGCGAUUCGCCUCGUUUGAGACGACCCAGCCCUCGCAACCCGAGCAGCCAACAGUCCCUUGGAAGACACCGCACAGCAUCGAGGCAUGGCCGCCCGCAUACUUGAUCCCGCCCCCGAAGGAUGGCGAGGUCCUGCUAGAGCGCAAGCCGAACCGCGCGCUGCCCCCCAUACCGCCCCUCAUCUCCCCCCAGGUCAUCAAGACCUUCCCGAUCUUCGUAAUCGCCAUGACCGUCUCGGUGCUGGUCUUCUUCAACUACCAGAAGCAGGAGUCCUCCGUCGUGACCUCGACGCUGUACGCGCUGCGCACGAACCCGCUCGUGCGCGAGGAGCUCGGCGACGAGAUCUACUUUGCCUCCAAGUACCCGUGGAUCAGCGGCGAGAUUAACCAGGUCCACGGCAGAAUCGACAUCAGCUUCAAUGUCAAGGGGACGAGGAGGCAGGGCAAUGUGAGGCUCAGGUGUAAGAGGCGGGGCAGGGGAGGCUUGUACAGCACGCUGGAGUGGAGUCUGACUAUGGAGGAUGGGAGGAAACUAGAGCUGUACGACCCCAAGGGCGACGCGAUCGAUCCUUUCCAGAUGCCCGUCGACGAGGACUGAGCUCUGAUUGGGACCGUUGCGGUGGAUGGGCUGGUUUCAAAGCCGCCGAAAAGUGGGGUUGUAAAAGGUCCUUGGGCGUCUCGCCGUACGACCGUUGUAAAUAUAGCUGUACAGCACUGCAUCUUGUACAACACAGCAUUAUUGUAUGGAGUUUCCGGAUGCGACCACGAUGCGAAUUUGAUGUACUGUUAU